AUGUAAAUGCACGGAUUUAAUUUUCAAAAGGACGGGCCUUUCCCCCUUUCUCUUCACCCAAUGAAAACGAACCGCAGCCAACACCUGGCUAUAAACCCAGGAAGGAAUCCGAAGCUCUAAUCAGAAAUCCACUGGAAGGAGGAAAAAGAGGCGCAGUGAUCAGGGAAGCAGGCAGGCAGGAAGACGAGCGGAGCGACCAGCCGUGAUGACUUCAAGUAAGAUCGAGAUCCCCGGAGAGGUGAAGAGUGACCCGGCUGCUCUCAUGGCAUCCCUCCAGCUCAUGCCCUCACCGGUGCCCAACCCGGAGAUCAAGCAUACCAAGAUAUUCAUCAAUAAUGAGUGGCACAACUCCAUUAGUGGAAAGGUCUUCGCUAUCUACAACCCAGCUACCGGAGAACAGAUCUGUGAGGUCCAGGAAGCUGAAAAAGCUGAUGUUGAUAAAGCGGUGCAGGCUGCUCGCCUCGCCUUUUCUUUGGGCUCGGUCUGGCGAAGGAUGGAUGCAUCUGAGAGAGGACGACUGCUGGCAAAACUGGCUAACUUGGUGGAGCGAGACAGCGUCUAUUUAGCAACUAUUGAGUCUCUGAACAGUGGGAAGCCCUUCCUGCCCACCCUGUUUGUCGACCUCCAGGCAACUAUAAAGACUCUUAGAUACUUUGCUGGAUAUGCAGACAAGAUCCAUGGAACCUCUAUUCCAAUGGAUGGAGAGUAUCUGACAUUCACCAGAUAUGAGCCCAUCGGAGUUUGUGGACAAAUUAUCCCCUGGAACUUCCCUCUGAUGAUGACGGCGUGGAAGCUGGGCCCAGCGGUCGCGUGUGGAAACACCGUCAUCCUAAAACCAGCAGAGCAGACGCCGCUCACCUGCCUCUAUAUAGCAGCUCUCGCCAAGGAGGCCGGGUUUCCACCGGGAGUCAUCAAUAUUUUGCCAGGAUAUGGUCCAACAGCAGGAGCUGCAAUUGCUUCGCACAUGGGCAUAGACAAAGUGGCUUUCACGGGAUCAACCAAGGUUGGCAAGCUGAUCCAGGAGGCGGCGGGGAAGAGUAACCUGAAGAGAAUAACACUGGAGCUGGGAGGGAAGAAUCCCAACAUCAUAUUUGCAGAUGCCAACUUGGAUGUGGCGGUUGAACAGGCCCACCAGGGCGUGUUUUUCAACGCAGGCCAAUGCUGCACAGCAGGUUCUCGCAUAUAUGUGGAGGACUCCAUCUAUGAAGAGUUUGUCCGCAGGAGCGUGGAGCGAGCCAAGAGGAGGAUAGUCGGCAGUCCCUUUGACCCCAUGACUGAGCAGGGUCCACAGAUCAGUCGGGAGCACCAGAAUCGUGUGUUGGAGUUCAUUGAGUGCGGCAUUAGUGAAGGAGCCAAGCUGGAGUGUGGAGGCAACGCUAUGGGCAUGAAAGGGUUCUUCAUCGAGCCCACUGUGUUCUCCAAUGUGACGGAUGACAUGCGCAUCGCCAGAGAAGAGAUAUUUGGACCAGUCCAGCAUAUCACAAAGUUCAAAACGAUUGAAGAAGUGAUAGAAAGAGCCAACAACACAGAAUACGGUUUGGUUGCUGCUGUAUUCACCAACGACAUCGACAAAGCCAUGACCGUAACCACAGCCUUGCAGGCUGGCACUGUGUGGAUAAACUGCUUCAAUGCUCUGAGCACACAGUGUCCAUUUGGAGGAUACAAAAUGUCUGGCAAUGGACGUGAAUUGGGAGAAAGUGGCCUGAGGGAGUACACAGAGCAGAAGACCAUCACAGUGAAGAUGGUCUCCAAAAACUCUUAAAGUUAGACACACUUUUCUCAGAGGAGACCGUAUCUUCCUCACCACCUUCAUCGUCACACUGUCUACAGCAGCAGACCACACCAACCAUCCAAAAUGGCUCUCUCCAUGGUUAAAUUCAGGCUGUACUCACUCGCUGCCUCUGGUACCCGCAUUAACUCGCCCAAGCAGUCUGCCGUUCCCUACUCAGCUAUCUCCAGGUCUUAACUGGCAACCACUGAUCCCGUCCUCAUACUCUAUACCUCCUCCACUAACGACACUAAAGCACUCACAGAGAUGAUUGGGAAGGCUGCUCUGGCAUCACCCUCCCCAGCCGCUGCAACCCAACCCCCUCCAGAUGCUGGAUGCUCAGAGACUCGGUCGCUGCAAUAAGCCCUUUACUAGCUACUUGUCAUGUGUUGGGAAGUGUUUUUUUCUUUUUGCUGUGCGGGAUGAUUGUCAAAACCUCAUGUGUCAUUGUUUUGGUUAGAAUUUAGAGAGCACGCCAGCUCAUUCGAGACCACUGAUUUUUCCGUCAGCUUCAGACAUGAACAGAUGAAAUGUUAAUUCAAAAUUAAAGUUGACUUCUAAUUGUUUUUGUUUAUAUAUUAGCUCAUAUGACCUAACACUGUAUGUAAACCUUUGACCGACGUAAAGAUGUUCAACUCUUCAAAAGCAUUUUACUCUCACUUGCUAAAAAAAAAAAAAAAGCGGAGUAGGUGUAUUUUAAACUUUUGUAACUGAUAUCAUUGAUGUCCAUUUAUGUUUAUGUUUAUACAAUCGUAUGCUAUAAAAUUAUAAAAUGACUGUAGUUAUUUUUUUUUCAGUAAAACAUUUUUUCAUCGAUUUCUUAUA